AUGCCGCCGAGACGAAAUGCGCCUGCUGGUAACGACGAUAAUAUCUCUGCAAUAGAUCGUAUGGCCCAAGCGAUGGAACGAAUGGCUGAGUUUAUGCUAGCUCAGCAAGCCCAGAACCAAAACCAAGGGCAGCCACGGGUAGAUUUUGCUAAGGCAAUAGCAAACCGGCAACCACCGUAUUACGUUGGAGAAAAAGAUCCAGUGAUUUUGGAGGAAUGGACCCGAACGUUCGACAAAUUGCUUAACGCAGUGAAUUGUCCUGCGAAUCAACGAGUACCUUCCGCGGUCUAUUACCUGACGAAAGCCGCAGACAAUUGGUGGACAAUAGUUGGACCUGACCUCCUGCAAGACCCAGCGUUUGGUUGGGAGGAAUUUAAAGUGGAAUUGAGAGAACAAUUCUACACCGAGCGUAUUAAAGGGAUUAAAUGCGAGGAGUUUCUACGACUAAAGCAAAAGGGAGCAACUAUCCAAGAAUACCAUGAUAAUUAUGUGGAGUUGAUGCGUUUCGCUCAAGAGAUUGUGCCUGAUGAGGCAAGUAAGGCACGAAGAUUUGUUCGAGGAUUGGAUUGGGAUGUGAGAAGGGCAAUUGCACCAUUCAUGUGCUCUACUCUGAAAGAGGCGUACGAUAGAGCCUCGGAUCAUUACUCUACUCUGAAAGAGGCGUACGAUAGAGCCUCGGAUCAUUAUCAGGUGUACUUGGAGGCGUACGAUAGAGCCUCGGAUCAUUAUCAGGUGUACUUGGACCAACAGGAAGUUUACGGCCGAAGUAAAAGGAAGGCUGAUGAUAAAUCACGGAAGUUUCCGUCGGGAAACAAGAAAGCUAACCAAGGUAGCUUUAACCCAAUACGAGGAAGAGGAAGGGAAGGAAUCAAUCAGGGGAACCUUCCUGCUUGCCGAAGGUGUGGAAGGAAUCAUCCCGGAGAAAAUUGUCAAGGGAUGAAACUUAAGUGCUUUAAGUGUGGUCUCUUUGGACACAAGUCCUUUGAGUGCCAAAGUCAGUUAGACAGUCCCCAAAAACCCCUACAGAAUGUAAGCUAA